UGGCAUGGCGACGUCUCCGUUAUACCAGCUUAGAGAUUCCCUUGUACAGGGCCCCCCCAGGCCCGCGCUCUGGGCGCUCCUGCUGGCACUGCUGGGGGCUGCGCCGGGCCGGGCCAGGCUCGGCGCCUGCAGCGUCCCCGACGUGCUCCACCACUACCGCGCGGUCAUCUUCGAGGACCUGCAGGCCGCGGUGAGGUGGACUGGGCCGGGCUCCAGACAGCUCCAUUUCAUUCAGAAAAACCUGACUGGAGCCGCGGCCUCCCGAUGGCGGGGCCGGGUGGGAGCCUCCUGUGGCGCCCAGAAGGAGCACAGUAUCCUACUGUCCAUCGUGGCCCUGGGUCGGACCCUACGUGGGGCGGUGGCCGGGGGCCGCCGCGGGGCUCUGGAAAAGGCGGCUUGGACCGUGGCGGUGCGCACCGAGGCGGUGAUGCGGCGCCACUGCCGGACGCUGCGCCAGCGGAGCCGGCGGCCCGAGACGCGCCCUCUUCGGCGUCGGGGCGGCCGGAGGCGGCUCCUGCUGCGCGCCCUGGACGCCGUCGCCACCUGCUGGGAGAAACUCUUCGCGCUGCGCGCCGCGGCCAGCGACGGCUCCUGGGGCUCCUAAGCGCCCCGAGCGCGCGGGGAUUGGGAAAGGGCCUUGCGGCUCGGCCCCUCCCUCGCCGCGGCCCGCACUCCUCGGAGGGCCCGGGACUGGGAGGC